CGGCGGCGGAGGCGCGCGGGGCCACCCCAAGGCCGAACCGGGACGGGACGGCGCGCCUGGUAACCGCGCACCGAGACCGCCGAGCCGGAAGCCGGAGCGGGAGCCGGAGCCGAGCGCGCCGAGGCCGGGGCCAUGGAGAAAGCGCGGCCGCUGUGGGCCAACCCGCUGCAGUUCGUGUUCGCCUGCAUCUCGUACGCCGUGGGCCUGGGCAACGUGUGGCGCUUCCCCUACCUGUGCCAGAUGUACGGCGGAGGUAGUUUCCUGGUCCCCUACAUCAUCAUGCUUAUCGUGGAAGGAAUGCCGCUCUUGUACCUGGAACUGGCUGUGGGGCAGCGCAUGCGGCAGGGCAGCAUCGGCGCCUUUAGGACCAUCAGCCCGUACCUCAGUGGUGUCGGGGUCGCCAGCGUGAUGGUCUCCUUCUUCCUCUCCAUGUACUACAAUGUCAUCAACGCGUGGGCCUUCUGGUACCUCUUCCACUCCUUCCAGGAUCCCCUGCCGUGGUCUGUCUGCCCACUGAAUGGUAACCGCACGGGCUACGAUGAGGAGUGUGAAAAGGCGUCCUCCACACAGUACUUCUGGUACAGGAAAACCCUCAACAUCUCGCCGUCCAUCCAGGAGAACGGGAGUGUGCAGUGGGAGCCGGCGCUGUGCCUCCUCCUGGCCUGGCUGGUGGUGUACCUGUGCAUCCUGCGUGGCACCGAGUCCACUGGCAAGGUGGUGUAUUUCACUGCGUCACUGCCCUACUGCGUGCUCAUCAUCUACCUCGUCAGGGGCCUCACGCUCCACGGAGCCACCAACGGUCUCAUGUACAUGUUUACUCCCAAGAUGGAGCAGCUGACCAACCCCAAGGCCUGGAUCAACGCAGCCACCCAGAUCUUCUUCUCGCUCGGCCUGGGCUUCGGCAGCCUGAUCGCCUUCGCCAGCUACAAUGAACCAUCCAGCAACUGCCAGAAGCACGCCAUCAUCGUGUCCCUCAUCAACAGCUCCACCUCCAUAUUUGCCAGCAUCGUCACCUUCUCCAUCUACGGCUUCAAGGCCACCUUCAACUAUGAAAACUGCUUGAGGAAGGUGAGUCUGCUGCUGACCAACACUUUUGACCUUGAAGAUGGCUUUCUGACGGCCAGCAACCUGGAGGAGGUGAAGGGCUACCUUGCAUCCGCCUACCCAAGCAAAUACAGCGAGGUGUUCCCGCACAUUAAAAACUGCAGCUUGGAGUCGGAGCUAGACACGGCUGUCCAGGGCACUGGCUUGGCUUUCAUCGUCUACACAGAGGCCAUUAAAAACAUGGAGGUGUCGCAGCUGUGGUCGGUGCUCUACUUCUUCAUGCUGCUGAUGCUGGGCAUUGGGAGCAUGCUGGGGAACACAGCAGCCAUCCUCACCCCUCUGACUGACAGCAAGAUCAUCUCCAGCCACCUGCCCAAGGAGGCCAUCUCAGGUCUGGUGUGCCUCAUCAGCUGUGCCAUCGGCAUGGUGUUCACCACGGAGGCCGGGAACUACUGGUUUGACAUAUUCAAUGACUACGCGGCCACGCUGUCCCUGCUGCUCAUCGUGCUGGUGGAGACAAUCGCCGUGUGCUACGUGUACGGGCUGAGGAGAUUUGAAAGUGACCUUAAGGCCAUGACCGGCCGAGCUCUGAGCUGGUACUGGAAGGUGAUGUGGGCUGGCGUGAGCCCCCUGCUGAUCGUCAGCCUCUUUGUCUUCUACCUGAGCGACUACAUCCUCGCGGGGACCCUGAAAUACCAGGCCUGGGAGGCCUCCCAGGGCCAGCUCGUGACCAAAGACUACCCGGCCUACGCACUGGCUGCCAUUGGGCUGCUUGUGGCCUCCUCCACGAUGUGCAUCCCCCUGGUGGCCCUGGGGAUUUUUGUUCUGCGCUGCCUCAAGAGGGGAGACGCAGCCCCCGUGGCCUGAGACGUGGGCUUCCCAGCCGCUCAUGGUUUUACAGAUACUAUUUACAGGCGGAAACUCCGCUGCUGCUUUUUCAAAAGCUUAAGCCAGAAGUGCUCAGCCCGUCAACUGCCUGAGUGUCUAAAGAUGAGGAAGGUGCACAGGAAGAAGACUCCUUCGAGAGAACGCACACCCUCCCGAGCCGCCCUUCCUCCCCGCCGCCUGCCUCCUCAUCAUCGAAGGGGGUGAGCUCUGAAAGCCAGUCUCGAAGAUAACUGUGUCCUUCAUUCCAGGAAAGUCCUAGAAUUAGGGCACAUUGAGAGCUGAAAUACAACCAUAAUUCUUAUGGGACCAAAUUUAAACAAUUUGGUUUUUGGCAGAAGAGACACUAAAAUAUUAGAGGACAAAUACUUUUUAAUCCGUUUAAGGAGUUUUGAAGUGCCUCAGAUGACAUAUUUGAAUAUCACUGGUGCAAAAUUCUCUUCUUUUUUGAGUCAUAGUGAAUAUGCAAUUUCUGUGUUCCCCUUCCACUCUUUAAAUCUUAAUAGGAUGGCUGGCUAUAAAGAAAGAAAACCUUUGUUUGGAACUCCCAAAGGGGUCCCUUCUCUAAGGUCUCUCACAGUGGGUCCAGGACCAGACCUCUUUACAAAACAUUGCUCCAACUACAGUUUGCAACCCCAAACCACAUUAGAAGUCUGUGUAGACACCCCUCCGUGGUGUCUUGGUACACUGGAAAAGGAGUCAGAAGCUACUAUGAGGAUGAAAGUGGAUCUCAGCUGGGUGGGGUGGCCCACACCUGUAAUCCCAGCACGUUGGGGUUCAAGGCAGUUGUUCGAGACCACACUCAAGGGCAGGAGUUCGAGACCAGGCUGGCCAACAUGGCGAACCCCUGUUUCUACUAAAAAUACAAAGAAAUUAGCUGGGAAUGGUGGCACAGGCCUGUAAUCCUAGCUACUCUGGUUGCUGAGGCAUCAGAAUCAUUUGAACCGAGGAGGUGGACAUUGCAGUGAGCCUGUAUCACACCACUGCGCUCCAGCCUGGGUGACAGAGCAAGACUCUGACU